UGUAAGUUGUUCUUCAGUCUGCUUGUUCUGCGAUCUUGGACUGCAAGAGCGAAGCUUCGGUCCUUUGCUGAAAAAUGUUUACAGCUUUGUUUCAGAAGUUAAAAACAUGAGCAUCCUGCUCCUGACUUGCUCUGUAUCUGUUCUGGUUCUGAUUGCAACUGUUUUUUACUGGGUGACAAACAAACCAAAACCCAUUAAAGUCACAUGUGACCUUUCCAAGCAAUCUGUGCAAACGAAGAACAAUGAAGGUGCCAGGCGAUGUGCACUGUUGAAGGAUGACAAUGUGAUAUCUUACUUUUAUGAUGAUGCCAAAACACUUUAUGAAGCUUUUCAAAGAGGUUUACAUGUAUCAGAUGAUGGACCUUGUCUAGGUUACAGGAAACCUAAUCAGCCCUAUCAGUGGCUUUCAUACAAACAGGUAUCUGACAGAGCAGAGUACCUUGGAUCUGGCCUUUUAUAUCGAGGAUGCAAACCAUCACCGGAUCAGUACAUUGGUGUAUUUGCUCAAAAUAGACCUGAGUGGAUCAUUUCUGAGCUGGCUUGCUAUACUUACUCUAUGGCUGUGGUACCUUUAUACGACACUUUAGGACCUGAAGCUAUUGUUUACAUCAUUAACAAAGCUGAAAUUUCCACUGUGAUAUGUGACAAACCAAACAAAGUUCAUACUUUGUUGGAAAAUUAUGAAAAAAACCUCACCCCACUUUUAAAAACUAUAAUUCUAAUGGAUCCAUUCGAUGAUGCUUUAAAAGAACGUGGAACAAAAUGUGGUAUUGAAGUUCUGUCAUUCAAAGAAGUUGAGGGUCUUGGAAGAGCAAACUUAAAAAAGCCAAUUCCACCAGAACCUGACGAUAUGUGCAUUGUAUGCUUUACAAGUGGAACAACAGGUAAUCCUAAAGGAGCUAUGCUGACUCAUGGGAAUGUUGUGGCCAACUCAGCAGCUUUCUUCAAAAUAAUUGAGAGCACGUUUAUACCCAGAACCGAUGAUAUUUCUAUCUCCUAUCUUCCCCUGGCACAUAUGUUUGAAAGAGUGGUGCAGACAGCUCUGUACUGUAGUGGUGCCAGAGUGGGAUUCUUCCAAGGUAAUAUUCAAUUGUUAGCAGAUGACAUGAAGAUGCUGCAGCCCACUGUCUUUCCAGUUGUGCCAAGACUGUUGAAUCGAAUCUAUGAUAAGGUACAAAGUGGAGCACAAACACCUUUCAAGAGAUGGUUGUUGAAUCUUGCUGUCCAUAGUAAAGAAGCUGAAAUAUCCAGAGGAAUUAUUAGAAAUGACAGUUUCUGGGAUAAACUUGUUUUCAACAAAGUUCAGGCUACAAUGGGAGGACGUGUCCGUGUGAUGGUAACAGGAGCUGCUCCCAUUUCCCCUUCUGUUCUGACGUUCCUUCGAGCAGCACUGGGCUGUCAAAUUUUUGAAGCAUAUGGACAAACUGAAUGCACUGCUGGAUGCACCAUCUCGAUGGUUGGAGAUUCUACUGCAGGCCAUGUUGGAGCACCGAUUCCCUGUAAUAUUGUAAAAUUGGUUGAUGUUGAAGAUAUGAAUUAUUUUGCUGCCAAUGGAGAAGGAGAGGUCUGUGUCAAGGGCUCAAAUGUGUUCAAAGGUUAUCUGAAAGAUCCGGAAAGAACAGCAGAAGCGAAAGAUUCUGAUGGAUGGCUCCAUACAGGGGACAUUGGAAAAUGGCUGCCUAAUGGAACACUGAAAAUAAUUGACAGGAAGAAGAAUAUAUUUAAAUUAGCUCAAGGAGAAUAUAUUGCACCAGAGAGAAUUGAGAAUAUAUAUAUUCGAAGCGCUCCUGUAGCCCAAGUUUUUGUGCAUGGAGACAGCUUGAAGUCUCAUUUAGUAGCCAUUGUGGUACCUGACCCAGAGGUACUUCCAGAAUUUGCCACAAGUAAAGGAUUCAAAGGCUCUUACCAACAACUUUGCAAGAAUUCAGAAGUAAAGAAGGUUAUUUUAGAAGACAUGGUUAAACUGGGAAAAGAAGCUGGACUAAAAUCAUUUGAACAGGUAAAAGAUCUUUAUCUACACACGGAGAUGUUCACUAUUGAAAAUGGACUCCUAACCCCAACACUGAAGGCCAAAAGAUCAGAACUUGCCAAGUACUUCAAAAGUGAGAUUGAUCAACUCUACAAAAACACGCAAGCAUAGUUGUCAAUACGCAGUAAGGAAUCUCUGGAUUGUGCUUCUUGUCUUGUUGCCUUUGAAUGGCAUAUUCAGCCUCAAACUGUACAAUCACAAACUCAA